AUUUAUUAAAUUCAUGGGUCUAUAUCUCCAAAUCUAAAUGGGGCCUCAAAUUCUUUUAUUUCGUAUGUCACGGUAUAUCCACAAUGGUGGCACAACAGAGCGUGGUCGCUACCAGGAAGAUGAGGUCGUUUUUUCUAGUGUGACUCUUGGAGCAAACCAUGCAGAGAGUCAAAUUCGGGGCCACCUGUCGGCCAAACAGCGCACAGCAAAAGCUGCGGUGUGGACGCGCUCACGUUGCACCGACGAAAAAGGACGCACGGGAAUACGUAAAAAAUCCAACGUUAACGAGAGGGGAGAAGAAGAGAAAUAAAGUGCGAGGUAACCGUAACCCUACCCCCUUGCGAGCACGACCCAACCCAUCAUCUCGCCCGUCACCCGUCAGGACCCGGACCAAACCAAUCAGGCGGCUCGGGCGCGGCGGCGACACAGGGCAAGGAGGCCGGACGUUGGGGGGACCGGGGCUCGACGCCAGCCGUGGAUCGCGUGCGGAGGGGGACAAGCGUCUGCCUCAUGUCCCGCGACGGCGGGGAAUAGGGCGACGGCGUCGGCGGCGGGGAUCGGUUGCGGCGGCGUGACGAGGCGGCUGCGGCGGCGGCUCGGGAGGGAGGCGGCACCAUGUCUGCGGUAGUCUGUGGCAAGAGGUCCUCCUCCAUCUUCGCCGACGAGCUCCUCCCGCCGUCUCCUUCCUCCCCUCACUCCUCCCACCAGCCGGCGGCCAAGAGGUCCCGCCGCUCCCCCUCGCACCGCGGCGGCUCCGACGGACUCCGACCGGAGGCGCUCGUCGACUAUCUACUUGCCCUCUUCCCCGACAUGGAUCCACAGUUGCUUGAAAAAGCUCUGGAAGCAUCUGGAGAUGACUUGGAUUCUGCAAUAAAAAGUUUGAAUUUGCUGCGCUUAGAGUCAGCAGAAGCUAUCUUGUCAUCGACUGGUUUCAAACCUGAAAAUUGUCUGCAAACAGCAAUUCAGCCUUCUCUUGAAGGUAUUCCUAAUGGUGGUGUGGAUACGGCUACAGAACAUCCGCCUAGCGUAGAUAAUUACCAGACAAGCUAUAAUGGCUCUGAAUGGGUUGAGCUAUUAGUCACAGAGAUGAGAAAUGCUUCUGACAUAAACGAUGCACGGGCUCGUGCGUCAAGAGCUCUGGAGGCUUUGGAGAAAACGAUUGUAGAGCGUGCAGGAGCUGAAGCUACACAAAACCUGCAUAAGGAAAACAUGAUGCUCAAGGAGCAGUUGACUGUUGUUCUGCGAGAGAACUCCGUGCUGAAGCGGGCAGUCGCCAUUCAGCACGAGCGCCAAAAGGAGUUCGACGAGAGGUCUCACGAGGUCCAGAACUUGAAGCAACUUGUUCUGCAGUACCAGGAGCAAGUUAGGACUCUAGAGAUGAACAACUACGCCCUCACAAUGCAUCUCAAGCAGGCUCAACAGAACAGCUCCAUACCUGGGCGUUUCAACCCUGAUGUUUUCUAAGCGUAGUAGCUGCUGAACGGUCCGCCCCAGAUUAAUAAGCUAUGUAUGAAUAUAUCUUGUUCUACCAACUGCUCCUGAGAUGGGGAUAUCCGAUAGGUGGAUUCACCGCCCAAGGGUCCAGAAUUUUCAAGUCACUAUGGUUUUGAUUUCGAUAUACUCCGUAUUUAUUUAAACGUGUUGCUUUCAUGCAAUUGGCUAUCCGAUAUAUUGUGUGCGCCCACUUUUCCGGGUAUGGUUUA